AUGAGAUGUUGCGGACCAGCUUGUACAACGGUGGGUGUUCCAGUCAGCAGUGAUGUCAUUGUUACAGGAACAUGUGCUACUGGAAGUAAAAACACUUCUCAUAUCACUAUCACACCAAAAGAUGCCGAAAUUCAAUCUUUGACAUUUUAUUUUGAAAUAAUGAACGGAAAAUCUAACCUUAUAUCUUUGUUUGCUGAUGUGAAGAUCUUAGAUGCUAUGGAAUCUGAUUUCAGUCACUUAGUGACUGAAAAAGUGGAUUUGUCAAGUCCUAAUUUAUAUUACAAGUGUGAAAAUGAGGGAAACUUUUCGGACAAUAAACUGGCCUUCAUGUACAGAGAGUUAAAAGUACAGGCCUUUAAUGUUGAGGACGGAAAGUUUUCAGAAAAUGGAGUGAAUUGUGAGACAGAUGUUGGGCCCAUUCCAGCUCCAGGUUGUUCUCCUGUUAAUAUAUAUUCUGUACUAAAUGGAAAUAAUACCUGCAUUGUAUUCAAGGGAAGCAUCCAGCUCUAUAUUCCUUAUAUUUCAAAGACUGGCAUAACCACAGAAGUGGUUUCCCUGCCAGCAGUGUACAAUGUGUCCGGUGAAUGCAACACAACUCUGAAUGGACUCUACUCUCAGCAAAUGGUCAUUCGCUUUUACGACGCCUGGACCUUGACAAUUUACUUCUCAUCUGAAAAGAUUCAAGAGACAGAUCUAUUAUCAGCUGGGACUGCUGUUGAUAACUACUAUAUCUCACAAAUAGAGCUGAAGUAUGAUUACAACAACGUCCUCUUUAAGGAUGCAGUCGAUAGCAUUCUUGGUAAAGAAAUGUCAGAUGUUGCUGCCAAUCUCAGAAAACUUACUACGAAUAAUAACAAGAGCUACAAGUGUCAGAGAGAAACUACCUUUCAUCUGCAAAAUGGAUUAUCUAUGGUUACCAAAGACCUACAGUACCAAGCUUUCAAAACUGGGGACACGGCAGACUUCAGUGAUGAAGUCAAUUGUGAAAAAGAAGAAGACAGACAUUAUAUACUGUACAUCGCUAUAGGAGCAUCAGCCGGGGGAUGUCUACUUGUUGUCGUACUGGUGGUUACUGUAUACGUCAUCAACAAACGCCGGAAAUAUGAACAAUUAACUCUGUAAAUAGAAAUGCCGAUA